UAAACAUGGACCUUAAGGGCUCUCUAGUAGAUACAAAAUUAAAAAUCUACCCCUCAAAAAAAUUGCUUAAUUUUUUACAAAAUAUAGAAUUUUCAGAUAAUAUUCCAGUUAAUAUUGCAAAAUUAGUGAAAGGUGAAGAUUUUACAUAUAAAAAUAAUAAUGGAUAUGAUGUAAAGCAAAUUAAUUUUACUUUAAAUAAUAAGGAUCUUGAAAUCAUAAAAAAAGUCAAAGAAAAAUUUAAAAAUAUUGAAUUGUCUGACACUGAUACAUGUGGAAGUCACAAUGAUGUCAUCAUUAAAAAUGUAUGUACCAAAGAUGCAGAAAUCAAAAGCAGAGAAAAUAGUUUAGAUAUCAAUGGUGUAAAUAAGAAAGAUUUGGAUGUCAAAGAUACCCAAAAUAAAGAUUUAGACUAUAUAGAUAAAGAAAAGUCUGAUUUGAAAAAGGAAGGUCCAUAUCUCAUUAGCUCAGAUAUGGAUUGGUUGUAUACUCAUCUUCAGGAAAGAAGAAGUAAUGGCGAAAAGAAUGUACCCUACUUGCAUGCACUUCUAGAAGGUUCACAUAUUGAAUUGCCUGAGAAUACUGUAAUAAAACGGAAUCCUAUACUAGAGGAAAGAUGUGUAAAAUUGAGGGCUCAACAGGAGGCUAGAGAAUACAGAAAAAUGACAAAAAGUGUUGACAAUGUUCGCAUGAGAUUUCCUGAAGACAGUAUAUCAUAUCAAUUGAAACAAGUAAAUCGCCAGCUAAUUGCAGUUGGUCAAUUCAUUCUUUCGAUAUUCGCCGGAUUCUUAUUUGGAUUUAAAGGUGUAGAAUGGAUGUUGGGCAAUUUGGACUUUGGAUUUAGAUUACUCUUGGGCGUCAUGUGUGCGUUGAUUAUUGCACUUGCUGAAAUAUACUUUCUGGCUAAAAAGCUAAAUGAAGAGCUAAAUGUACCUGAAACUAUACAAUUAGGUGGACCACCUAAAUUUGCUCAAGAACCAACAUGUCAUGGGCAUAAAAUAAGUUUUAUUGAUAAGGAACAUAAGGAUUGAUAACUAUAAUUUACAUAAACCAUUCAUUUCUAAUAUUUUAUACAUAAUUAUCAGUUGUAAAAUAUAUAUAAUAAUGUAUUGUGACUGUAAUAAUGUUAUGUUAAUAAAUAUUUGUAGCUGUUAUUGUUUUAA